GUUCAGUUGGUCUUAUGGUGUGAACUGAAUCUUGGGAUCGAUGCAUGAUGCAUUCUUAUCCAAGACCAGAAGUGGAGAUUCGAUAUCUCGUUAUCCCACUCGCUCUCAGAUCUGAGGCGCCUGUGCGAUGAGGGAUACGUACACCCCGCGCAGCUGUUCACACACUCAUUAACUAGGUAAUGCUGGCGUCUGAGCUCCUGGCGAUCAUGACAACCCUUACAACGUAGCCGACAGCCCCCGGCCCUGCCUCCACGAUGAGAAUAGUGCAACUCAGCGCGAAUGAGACGACACAAUCUGACAGGGGACUAGGAUGAAUAGAAAGAAGGAGGGGCAGCCGGAUCAUUUCCUGUUGGCUCAGCUUCGUUACCAGACUGUCGGUAACCAAUGAUAUUCCUGUGAUCGCAACAACGGGGGCUCUAUGAACCUUGCUUAUUCCCCACUCCCACUACGAAAAGCUGAAGCCAGGCCAGGGCAAUGAAAAACAGGGUCGAGUGGAGAGACGGGCACAACAACCAGCAUGGGGACUACAUACGCUCAACUUCUUCUACUUCUGCUACUAGCAGUGAAUUCGAUUUGCUGCUGCCCAGGCAGAUGCCAACACUGCUGCCCGGCCAGACUCAUCGUCCAAGAUCGUAAACGUGAAUGGUACAAGCCGCAAGAGCCAAGUCUUGACAGCAUUUACAGUGGAGAUCACACCAAAACCUUUGAGUUUAGAGUUGUAUUGUUUUAUAUUGUCAUUUCCGCAGAUCUACAGAUGCCAAUAUAUGAGCUAUAUGUAACGCUCGUCCAAAUUCCAUCUUUCUCCCUUUAUUGUUGGGCAUCCAUGCCAGCCGUGUUCAAUGACAAAGAGAAGACUGAAUAA